AUGACCCGAUACAGCAGAAACUCGAUAUGGGGAUCCUACGAGCAGGAAUCGGGAGACCCGACGGAGUUAUCACAAGAAGUUCUUGAAAUUCCCGAAAACAAGGAUUGUUGUCCUUCUGUCACGGAGCUGAUCCAUCCGCUGGCGGGUGUUUCCCGGAACGGAAUGAUUCUGGAAAUUUAUCGAGGCGAGAACAAGACUCAGAAGUUCUAUCAGACCUCGUGUCGCCGAGAGGUCAAAGAUCGACCUUGCAGAUUUGUUCGCUUGAAGUACGAAUCGGCGUCUCGUUGCGAACAAGAGUAUAGUUACACCUACGCCAUCGUGCGUGAUGUGAACACGGAGAGCCAGUGGCGAAUGGAUCACAUUCGCGUCCGGUCGGGUUGCAAGUGUAAGGUCCUGAAGGUGACGCGAGCCCGGAUCGGGGAAGCCCGCAAGAAACGAAAAUGA